CCAUACAAGUGAUAGUACAGUAGUAAUCUGUAUGAAGGACUGGUAGGUUCUCACAGCACACGACUGUUUAGUAUAGCAUUCAAUUGGUAUCAAAGACUCGCUGUUUUCCUCAUCAUUCAGUAGUUGUGUUGUUUGCCUACAGUGUGUAGCGUUAAGUCAGUACUCAAUGUAUGCUAUAAUGCAAUGCAUUUGAAAUCUAUUAUGAAAUGGCGUUAAUGUAGUGACAAACUAACCGAUCAUACGAUAAAUCAGUGUUUGUCUGACCAUAUGUUGACACAAAUAUCUUCGUAACGGACACAUCGGGUCGUGACAAUUGUCCGACAAUAUUGGACACUGUUUUAUGGCUAAUAUUAAAGAGUGAUAAACAAUGUUGAGCUGAUAUACAGAGGAGUGCUAUUGAAAGACAACAAAACCGAUGACCACAUCAAGCGGUGGUCGACCGUUACCUGAACGGCCAUUAUUGAUGCGUUCAGUGGUGACACCCAAUGGUGGCGUGGCUUACAUGUCGUCCACGAGUUGGUCACUGUGUCGGCCUAACUGUUAUAAAAUAUUGUUGGCCAUAGUCUUAGUGUUCCUAUUAAUGCAAUUUACGGCCAAUUUUGUGGCCUUUCGGCACAAGUUUAACAUCAGUCAAGUAUUGGCCGCCAACUCGGGAGCUCAAUGGUCACAACUGUCGUUAAUGGACAACAUUGAAGGUCAUCAUCUGAACCAACAUUUAGUUCAACCAAAUAAUGUCCAUAACGUGUUGGCCACUAAUAGGACAAUAUAUGGGACUUAUUUUAAUUAUAGUAUUAUUAAUAAUAAUUUAUUAAAUAAUAAUAGUUUUAAAAAUAGUGAUCAAUCAGUGAAUGCCAUUAAAAUGACAGACAAUGUGUCUGCCAGUGCCUCAUCUGCGGACAUGUCCUCCGAUACGGUUGUCGACCCGAUUGUUGACUUCAUUAACAAUACAUUAUUGACAUCAAAAAGUACUUCUAGUCUGCCGUUGUGUCCAUUAGUUCCGCCAAAACUUGUUGGUCGAUUAAAAGUGAUGAAAGAGAGUCCAUUGUUUGAAAAGUUGGAGGAAAUGAUGUCGGAGUUGGAAUCGGGAGGUCGGUAUCGACCACCUGAUUGUCAAUCGCGACACAAAAUGGCAAUUGUUAUACCAUAUCGUGAUCGUGAAGAACAUCUCAGAACAUUCCUAUAUAAUAUACAUCCCAUUCUUGAAAGACAACAACUCGAUUACGGCAUAUAUAUUGUUGAAGAGGUUGGAAACGGCAAAUUCAAUCGGGCAAAGCUUAUGAACGUUGGAUUUUUAGAAGCUCUUAAACAAUACGACUACCAGUGCUUUAUAUUCCAUGACGUGGACCUGAUUCCUGAAGAUGAUAGAAAUCUAUAUACAUGUCCAGAACAACCCAGACAUAUGUCGGUGGCUAUCGAUAAAUUUAACUAUAGACUUCCUUAUAAAGAUCUAUUCGGUGGUGUCAGUGCUCUUACAACUGAGCAAUUCAAGAGAAUUAAUGGCUUCUCCAACGAGUUUUGGGGGUGGGGUGGAGAGGAUGACGAUAUGUCCAAUCGAGUCCGAUAUUACGGUUAUAGGAUAACUAGAUAUUCGGCAAACAUUGCCAGAUAUAAAAUGCUCAAACAUAAAGGAGACACACCUAAUCCCGAUCGAUAUAAGAAGUUAUAUAGUGGUAAAAGGCGUUAUAAGACAGACGGCAUAAAUAAUAUUAAGUACAAAGUGGUCGACACAGUCUUCAAAAGACUCUACACAUGGAUUCUCGUUGAUCUGCUCUCGCCUUAAACACUACCUUAAUAUAUGACAUGUUAUUAAUUUAAUUGAUUCGCAAUAUUUAUUAAUUUAGUUAAAUUUAUUUAUAUUACCAACAGUUAUACAUUAUAAUCCAUUUUAAAUAUAGAUUUUAAUUUUCAUAGUUAAGUAAUCGAA